CCUUUCUAACACUUUCAAGUAUUUCAGCAUUACAUUUUGUUGCUAUGAUUUUGUAUAUUUUCUAGAAUUAAACCGUUACUCCACAUAAUGGAUAUACCCGAGCCAGUUGGCCCAACAAUAGAGAAGGAUUGCGAAGAGGAGCACACGUCAUUUCAGGCCCAGUUCAUGUCUGAUAGGUGGAGGCAUUAUAUGCCACACAUGCGCUUCAGACAUAUUGUGCUUUACAGGAAGGUUCCCCUGCAGAUGAAACUGAAGCUCGCCCUCGAAAGAAAUAUCGGUCCUCAUGCCCACAUAAUAGUUGGCGAUACCGUCUACAAGUGCCAGGUGCUCGUAUUCCGCAUCUACUGCAAGGGGUUAUUCAAGAACCUUAAAAAGGGUGAUGUAGUCAAGUUUCCCGAUGGCGCACUGAGCAAUGAAUUCUUUGAAUUGGCCUAUGCCUGGAUGACUAGUAAUGAGGUGCAUUGUCCACGAGAUAAGCUGCUGGAUUUCCUAGGCGCCGCAAGUUUUUUGCACUGCAUUCCCUUGAUCAAGCGCGUCUUUGAGAAACUUAACGACCAUAGAAUCCACUCCGAGUUGGCCUCAUUUAGUUGCUUUUUGAAGGCCAGAGACAUGGGUAUUACCCAAAUGGCCGGUAUGAUGCUGUCCAGGGUGAGCAAGUCCUUCCUCGUCCUGGUGUCCAAUGGACAGUUCCUCCAGCUGGAUAUCGAAAGCGCGUGCACUCUGCUGAGUUCCAGCUUUUUGGCUGUGCAAAACGAGAUUGAGAUUUUUUAUUCAGCUCUGCUCUGGCUAAUAUCAAACUAUCAGAUACGCAAAAAGUACAUUCCCCGUGUCUUCGGAUUGGUAAGAUUCCAUAUGAUGCCGUCCGCAUUUCUUCUUAAAUGGACGAAAAUUCUCAAAGAUCUGCGACCAGAACUUUCGGAUUUCCUAUGCCACCAUCUACACAAUGCUAUGCUGCGCCAGCAGGAAUAUUAUAUGGACAUCUUCAGGUCACAAUAUUUGGGAAGCGACAAUCGCAGAUGGAUUAUGGAUCCAAAGUGUCCUUAUGCAGACUCGCUCAAUGCAAACCAAUGCAUCCAUCUCUCCCCAAAAGUAUUUAUCAGCUAUCUGCAGCGAAUCCAAAACUCGCCUGAUGGUUUUAUAGCUCGAUUGAUAUUACUGGAAUCUAUGGAACAUGCUGAGAAUGUGUUUUCGGAAGAAGACGGUGAUGGUGAUGAAAUGACGAUUAACGAACCAUCCACAACGAAAACGUACACAGAUGAUUUGGAGGAGCAACCCCAUCUGGACUCUGAGAUAUCUACAAAUGCCGAAUACGACGAUUUCUACCCUGAAGACAUGGAAUCAACCAAAAGUGAUGAUAGUUAUUACAGUGGCACUAAGACUAGCAAGUCCAGAACGCGAAGCAUUGCCGGAGAAGAUAACUUUGCUACGGAAGGUACAGACUCUCUCGAAGAUUUUGAUUUCGUUAAAGAUGAAACAAAAUCGGAAUAUAAUACCUUUUUGGCAAGGGAAAAGAUCUUUUAUAGAUUGUCUGCCGGUGGAAUUGCUAACUUUAAUAUCGAAUCUGAUUCUUAUUCGGAUGGUAAUGAUGAUCGAUCUCAGAAUUCCUCUACAACCUCCUCAACAACCUCGUCGACAGAUUCCCUUACGGACUGCGAGAAAGAGUUUGUUCACAGUACUGUAGCAGAUUCCCCAGCAGAUUCUCCAGCAGAUUCCACAGCAGAUUCUCCAGCAGAUUCUCCAGCAGAUUCUCCAGCAGAUUCUCCAGCAGAUUCUCCAGCAGAUUCUCCAGCAGAUUCUCCAGCAGAUUCUACAGCAGAUUCUCCAGAAGAUUCCUCUGUAAAUUUAUCUGCAAAUUCCCCUGCAGAUUCACCUGGAAUUUUACUUGCAGAUUCCCCUGCAGAUUCCAGUGAAAGAUUUUUCGCGGACUCCUCCACAUGUUUUGCGGGCGAUUCCGAAUGGGAAUCCGUUGAAGAUUCCAAUGCCGACUCCCAUCCCGAUUCCACUGCAGAAUCCGCCACAGGAUACACCACGAGUUCUGCAGGAUAUUCCGGUACAGGUUCUUCGGCUUAUUCCCGAACCGAUAGUAUAAGCUCUGAGGUAUACGAAAGGGAUUAUUUAUUCGAAUAUUUCUGAGAUAAAUGUUAUACUGUUAAAUUAUAUGUUAUGCUUAAAGUACAUUUUUAUUUAAUGCCUACAGUUA